AUGCAAGUCGAAGUUGACGAAGUUACGGGAUCGCUGAUCCUCGUCGAGCUUGAUAUCGUAGUCGUCGUUACCAGAGUGGUUGUCAAAGUCGUUGGGAGAAUAGUGGAAGCAGUGCUGCUGACUCCGGUGGUUGUUGUGCCAGAAAUAGUGGUUGUUCCGGUGGACGUUGACGUGCCUGUCACAGUACUCGUUCCCGUGGAGGUCUCAGUGCCGGUCGAAGUCGAAGUGCCAGUAGAGGUCUCAGUGCCGCUAGUCGUGGUCGACGUGGAGGUUCCAGUGGUUGUUAAGGUAUCUGUUGAUGUGGACGUACCGGUCGAAGUUGAAGUUCCAGUCGAGGUCUUAGUGCCGGUCGAAGUCGAAGUUCCAGUCGAAGUCUCAGUGCCGCUCGUCGUGGUCGACGUGGAGGUUCCAGUGGAUGUUGAGGUGUCUGUUGAUGUGGACGUACCGGUAGAGGUCGAAGUACCGGUUGAGGUGACUGUUUCAGUGGAGGUCUCAGUGCCAGUUGAGGUCUCAGUGCCGCUCGUCGUGGUCGAUGUGGAGGUUCCAGUGGAUGUUGAGGUGUCUGUUGAUGUGGACGUACCGGUCGAGGUUGAAGUGCCGGUUGAGGUGGAAGUCACCGUGGGCGUUUCAGAAGUGGAUGAGUCAGUCGACGUGGAAGUAACCGUGGAGGUUCCAGAGGUGGUGGAGUCAGUUGUUGUGGGAGUCUCUGUGGACGUUCCAGAGGUGGUGGAAUCGGUUGUGGUGGAGGUUACAGAGUUCGUUGUCGCAGAGGAAGUGCCAGUAGAUGUACCCGUGGAGGUUCCGGAAGUGGUGGAGCCAGUCGUUGUGGACGAAAUGCCAGUGGAAGUGCCGGUAGAAGUACCCGUUGAAGAGGACGAUGGGGGAAUGGUUGAAGACAACGACGAGGACGAAGACGAAGAUAGUCACGCGGCCUUUUUGCAACUGAGGGAGCUAGCCUUGUUGUCGAAGUUCCUGUUGGAGAGGUAG